AUGAAUGAAUUUAGCGUUUAUAAGAGGAUAUCGUGGAUUAAGGUGUUUGUUACGGCACGAAAAGGAAUGGGAUUGAGGUGUCGAGAUCGCAUCGCAAACGGACGUUUCGUUAUCGAGUAUAUCGGUGAGGUGAUUGGUGCUGAAGAAGUUUUGAAACGCAUCUCUCCGAUUAAUUAUGUGCUCACUGUUAAUGAAUUCUUCAUUGGUUGGUUCUGA